AUGACUGACAACUCAUCUUUUCAAAACUCGUCAUUUUCCGAUGACUUAUUCUCUUCAAUUAGUUCACCACCAGUCACAAUUCGACGUCCUGUGGAUAUGACAUCUCCUGCUCUUCUAUCUUCACAUUCCAGCCCGUAUCCCAGAGAUCCCAAUUCUAGCCCAUUUCAAAUCGCAACGCCUGUCAUAAUCACUCCAGUUGAAGCAAGAUCUACUAGAGAUUUGAUUCGAGUGAAUCGUCUUCGACGAAUCAGAAGAAAUCGAGAAUCUCGUUCCGUUUUGAGCAGUAUUCGACGCCGUCUUUCAAUGGUUUCACUUGGAGAAAAUCGAACUGAAAUUCAAUUGAAUACUCCGAGAACAUUGCCAAGAAGUCGAAGGAAUCCGUCAGAUGUUGAAACUGCAAAUGUCCCUUCUGACUCUUCGAAUUGUGCAAAGAUGAGAGAAAUCAAUCGACUUGAGUCAAUAAAUUUCGCAGUUAUGUCAUUGGAAACUGAUAAUGAAGAAGAGAUUUCUGAAGCAUUGAAUAUGUUGGAAUGGAGUAUUCAACUAAUGAAUUCUGAGACUGAAAUGAUCAAUAAAAUUCUUAAAAACUUCGAAGAAGAGAAAUCGAAGAGAAUACGAAAAUGGGAACAAAUUGAACUGAUUUUGAGUAUUCUUCAUGAAGAAGACAAUAAAUAA